AUGUCUUCUGAUCCGGGUCCGGGUCCGGGAUUUCAGGGCGAUUUCUCCUUCGUAAACGUCGAUGCGUCGAGCUUGAGCACUCUCCCACACCGCCAGAGGGUGACGCGCCAUGUACACGGCUAUCGUCGCUGGAAAAAGGGACAAGAUGCCCGUCGGCUUCUCGAAUCGUCCCGGUUCCAUGAAGCCGUCGAUCCUCAGUUGAAACCUCUGAAGGUGGUCCCCAGCCGCGCCAGCCGUAAGGAGAGACUCCCUCCUAGACCAGCCCAAGCAUCUCCUUCCUCGGCAAGAUCAUCGAUCCGCAGCCUCCCGCCCCUACUCGACGUCGUCCUGCUGAACAGCAACGGCAACAGCAACUUCGGCCCUUCGUCCGCCUUCCAGGAGGAGCUUACGACCCUGACCAGCUCGCUCCUCGACUUUGAGCGGAGCUGUGUCCUUCCGGCCGUCAGAGAAGUCGAGCUGCGUGUGGCAGCGAAAGAGCAUGUUCCCAACCAAAGUCCUUUCACCGAGAGGUGGAUCGCCGAAAGCAAAGCCUAUCUGUACGACAGCAUUGCGAACCACAGCUAUCUGUCUCGAAUCGCGGCCACGAGGUACAUGGUCACGGCAAACACCGUGCACCUCGAUGAAGCACACAGUCUGCGGUAUCGGGGAGUUGCCUCUCUCAAAGAAUACAUGACCACAACUCCUCACAUCAGUAUUCCGCGACUCUACCGUGCGCUUCUGAUGCUGCUCUUCGCCGAUAGCUCUUUGGGGGACAGACAGGCCUUUUAUCAACACGUUACCGUCCUCAAGGACAUCUUGGCCACGCACCAGGAUGAAGUCUUUGCAGAUCCCUCCUUCAAUCUCCACCACUACAUCGGUAUAAUAUACCUCGAGGUUCAGUCUGCCGUCAUGAACUUCUCCAUAGCGUCUGUUGACCUCAGUCCUGACGGGUGGGUCGACAAACAGCUCCUGCCUCUGUGGGAGGAUGUCUCGCCGUACUUGUCGACAUCGAGGUCAGAUGCAGACCGAAACUUGGAUUCCUAUCUGCAAGGUGACAUCCGUGCUUUGUUCCUUGACGCCCAAGCAAUGAUCGAUAUGAUUGCGAAGAUUCGUAGCCAGAACUCUCCUAGUUGUCAGGCGUGGGUUUACGCCGUCUCGAAAACGAUAAUGACGGUUGGGAGGCUGAUGAACGUUUACGCACACCUCGAUGUUGCUACGACACUUUGCCAGGAGAUGCGCGCGCUGAUGGAUUCUGCCACGCUGCAGAAACUUGAAGUUGCCGCUGCCACACUCUGCGCGAUAUACUGGCUUCGCGAGCUGUGCGGGAUCGAGAAUCUCCGGAUGACGGAACAUACGAGGCUGUUUGCGUGGAACCCCGUCAUGUUGAACCGGCUCCGACAGAUCCUGACGGUUUACGACGCCGCUGCCCAUAUGAACAUGUCGGCGGAGCCGCCACAGAUUGGCCCCAACCCUCGACGACGACUCUGGCUGUGGAUUGUUUGGACUGGCGCCAUGGCGGAACAGUCAAUAAUCUCGUCGAGCUCGAGCACGACUGCUUCUUCUCCUUCCUCUUACACGGUCGAUAACGACGAGAAUGACGGCUGGUUUACCGGAAGAUUUCACGACCUGGUGAGGGAAAUAGGGAUUGGCUGGGGCUCCGGCUCGCAGUUCCGGUCGCGGUGCCGAGCCAUUCUGGACCAUUUCCUUCAGUUGCAUUUCUAUGGUAUUGAUAACAUGAUGCGGACAAGACCUGGGAUCUGGGAAUGA